AGGGGGAGGGAUGGGUGCUCUGGGUGCCACCAGGAUCUUCGCCCCGGACAGCCUUGCGGUGGGUGCCCUGGGUCUGGGUGGGGACACCGAGGUCACCCCGCCAGAGGAUCCGGGUGUCACCAUCCCACCUGGAACUGGGAAGGUGUCACUGUCCCCGUGUCCUGGGCCCAGGUGGCCUUGGUGGCCCAGUCCUAUGUGUCCCAGUCCCAGGUGGCCCAGUUUCCUGGUCCCAGGCAUCCCUGUUCCCAGUGCCCUUAUCCCAGACAACCUGGGUGUCCCAGUCCCAGGUUCCCCAUUCCCAUAGGUCCCAAUCCCAGUGUUCCUGUUCCUAGUAUCCCUGUCUCAGGUGAUCCAGGUGUCCCAGUCCCAGGUGUCCUGGUCCCAUACGUCUCUCUUUCCAGUAUCUUCAUCCCAAGUGACCCAGGUUUCCCAGUCCCAGAUGUCUCUGUUCCCAGUGUCCUUAUCCCAUGUUAUCCAGGUGUCCCUGUGCCAGCAUCCCUGUCCCAGGUGCCCCAGCUUUCCCGGUCCCAUGUGUCUGAGUCCCCGGUGUCCCAGUCCCAGGUUUCCCAGUCCCAGGCAUCCCUGUUCCCAGUGUUCCCGUCCCAGGGUGACCCAGGUGUCCCGGUCCCAGGUUUCCCAUUCCCGUAGGUCCCAGUCCCAGGUUUCCCAGUCACAGGCAUCCCUGUUCCCAGUGUUCCCGUCUCAGGGUAACCCAGGUGUCCCGGUCCCAGGUUUCCCAUUCCAGUAGGUCCCACUCCCAAGUGUCCCUGUUCCUGGUGUCCCUGUCCCAUAUGUUCCAGUUCCAGGUGUCCCUGUUCCCAGUAUCCCAGGUGUUCCCAGUCCCAGGUGUCCCGGUCGCAUGUGUCUCUGUUUCCAGUAUCUCCAUCCCAACACCAGCAGGUGGCUAGGAGCCCCCCUGGAGCAGUUGCCCACCCCGGCGCUGACCCUGGACCAGGCGACUGUGCGGCGCAACGCCGAGCGCAUGCGGGAGCGCUGCCAGGCCCUGGGCCUCCGCCUGCGCCCCCACGUCAAAACCCACAAGACACUAGAAGGUGCCGAGCUGGCGACGGGUGGCACCCGCCGGGGCAUCGUGGUCUCCACCUUGGCCGAAGCUCGUUUUUUCGCGGCGGGGGGGUUCGAUGACAUCCUCUACGCUUACCCGCUGCCGGGGGGGCGGCUGGAGGAAUGCGCCGCCCUGGCCCAACGCCUUCAAGCCUUCCAGCUCCUCCUCGACAGCCCCCAGGCCUUGGCCCUCCUGCGCCGGCGCCCGCUGCCCCCCGGCAAGCGCUGGCUCGUCUGGCUCAAGCUCGACUGCGGCAACGGCAGGGCCGGCGUGCGGCCCACGGACCCCGGUGCCAUGUCCCUGGCCCGGGCCAUCGCCGAGGAGGCACCGGAGGAGGUGACACUGGUGGGGGUCUACGCUCACUGCGGGGACACCUACGGCUGCCGCGAUGUCCCCGCCAUCCAAGCCAUCGCCCGGGCCACCACCGCCGCCGUGCUCGACUUCGUCACCGCGCUGCGGCAGGCGGGCGUGCCAUGUCCCCAGGCCAGCAUCGGCUCCACGCCAUCCUGCAGCCACCCAGUGCCGGAGAUGGCCCAGCUCACCGAGCUCCACCCGGGCAACUACCUCUUCUACGACCUUCAGCAGACCCUGCUGGGUUCCUGUAAGCCGGAGGAGGUGGCCAUCCGUGUCCUCACCAGGGUCAUCGGUCACUACCCCCACCGCAACCAGCUGCUGGUGGACUGCGGGUGGGCUGCCCUCAGCCUCCACGGCCGUGACCAAGCGCCCACGGGCUGUGCCACCAUCGAGGGGCACCCCCAGCUCAGGCUGGUGGGGCUGACGCAGGAGCACGGGCAAGUGGAAGCCAUCGACGGCCGGUUGGACUUUGAGCGCUUCCCGUUGGGCAGCAUCCUGGCUCUCAUCCCCUUCCAUCGUCCCUCCCCACCGCAGGCCUGCGCCACUGCUGCCAUGCACCCUGUCUACUAUGUCCACGCCGAGGGGAAGGUGGUGGAGCUCUGGCACCCCGUCCGCGGCUGGUAGGGAGGAGAACAGGGAGCUGCUGCCAGGGUCCUGCACCCACACCAGGGUGUUGCGCCCACGCCGACACCCCGCGCCCGCACCGAGGUCCUGCACCCACACCAAGACCCUGCACCCAUCCUGGGGUCCCAAAACCAUCCUGGAGUCCCACACCCAUGCCAGCAUCCUGCACCCAUGCCAGCAUCCUGCACCCACAAGGAGACCAGGCAACCAAAUCAGGGUCCUCCUGCACCCACGCUGAGGUCCUGCACCCACGCCAAGACCCUGCACCCAUGCCAGAGUGCUGCUGCACCCACGCUGGGGUGCUGCUUCCACUUGGAGACUCUGCACCCACGCCAAGACUGCACCCGUGCUGUGGUCCCGCAUCCAUAUAUUGAGGCCAUGCACCCACGCUGGGAUCCUGUGCUUGCACCGAGGUCCUGCACCCAUGCCAAGACCCUGCACCCAUCCUGGGGGUCCCACACCCAUGCCAGCAUCCUGCACCCACGCCAGGGCCAAGCACCCAAACCAGGGUCCUGCUGCACCCACACCAAGACUCUGCACCCAUGCUGGGGUCCCGCACCCAUGAAGAGCCCCUGGACCCCCACCAAGGUCCUGUAUCCAUGUUGGGGUGCUGCACCCACGCUGAGACCUUGCACCCAUGCCAAGGUCCCGCACGCAAACCGAGAUCCUGCACCCACACCGGGGUCCUGAACCCACUUGGAGACCCUGCACCCACACCAACACUGCACCCAUGCUGGGAUCCCCCACCCACGCCAGGGUCCUGCAUCCCCCCCAGGGCCAUGCACCCACGCCAGGGUCCUGCACCCGCGCUGAGACCCUGCACCCACCCCCACACCGGGCUCAAUAAAGCUGCUUUUCCCAUUCACAGACA